AUGGCCGCGCCUCCAGCUUAUCAGGCCGUGCCUGAUGAUGCCCCACCAACAAACGCCUCAGACCAAGACCUUGACAUCACAGCACCAUUCAGGGAUCUCUACAUUGAGCCAAAUGCGGAGGAGUCAGAUCCAAACAGCUGUCUUGCUCACCUUAGACUCCUCUUCGCUUUUGAGGCACUCAAAGAAGACAUUGGUUAUACCGAUGGUCUCUGGGGUAUCUGGGAUACCCGGGCGGAUGGCAACAUCGAGGCCAAAGAGAACGGUGAUGUGAUUGAGAGCACUUACGACGAAGGCUACACCCCAGAUGUCGAGGAUAAGACCAAGUCUCUAAGCAAACUGCGCGAGAAACGAUGGGCUCUAUUUGUAGCGCGCGCCGUUGAUCGCUAUGAAGCUUGGUGGAAUUCCUUUCCUCGAGAACUUCCUCCUCUGACUGAGCCCGACAUGAGUGAUAUCAACGCUCCAUCCUUUGAUAAGUUUACAGCUGGGGAAAACCCUUCUUGGUGGGAGAAGAAGGCACUUCCACCUCUUGACGUGUUACUGGUCUACCAUUCUCACCUCUUGAACCCCCAGAACUUCCUGGAGGAUUGUAUCCGACGAGGGCUUCGCGAGUUCUGGCAGAGCGGUAUGCCGUGGAACCUCGUCAACGCUGCAAUUGACGGAUCUUUCAACUUCAACGUGUCGGAUGAAGACAAGGCCAGAUGGGUAGCGCAGACGGGUCUUCAGUGGGAAAACACUGACGAUCUUGCUGUCAAGAUACUCGCAUGUCCAAACAAGACUUGCGGCCAAAGGCUUGAGGUCCCAUGGACGUCGUGUGGUCUUGAAGAGACACCAAAGAGUCCCGAACGACCAGGUCUCAGCGGCUCUGGCUACGGAGAUAGCAAGUUCGAAACCCGCUGUCCUAAGUGCAACACGCGCAUCACAAAAGAAACCCUCAGCGUGGCCAAGUUCUGCAGGGAUGUUGAUGACCUCGUCUUCAAUAGCCGGCCUAUGCCCGGUACUCUUUUGUGGCCUGGAAGCGGCACGCCUGUUCUCGUGAUGCCGCACAAAGGAUUAAAAUACGACCAGCGCAUGUUCCCCAACCGAAUGAUCCAGCAUGUUCUGCGCACGCAGAUCCAAACUCUGCUCGACAAUCCCGAUCCUGAAGACCCGCCUACCAUGGAGAACGUGCGCAAGAUGAUUGAGUCUGAUGCGCUCUUCAGUAGUAGCGCCGUGGCCACGAUCCUUGGCCAAACACUGCCAAAGAAGGUUGGUGUCCCGCGGGUUUCCAAAGUCUGUAUUCGAAAGAUGAUGUCUCGGUACUGGGAGAAUUUCAGCCCUUUUGCACUCGACCUCAUCGGGUGCGUGAUGCGCCAGGGUAUCUUUUCGGAGAAGAUGUGCAAACUUGACUGGUUGCACUCUCCCACUGCCAAGGAGACCAUGGGCAGGUGCUGUGUCAAGUACAAGCGCUUCAUCAGAAUCAUUUCCAGGAACCCGAGAAAGAUGGCUGUGCCAACGCUUGAUGUCGAUUUGGCGUGGCAUACGCACCAACUCACGCCGUGCUCGUAUUACAAGUUCACGACGAAGAUGACUCUAAGGUUUGUGAGACACGACGACAAGAUCGAGGAUGAGAAGCUCAAUGAUGGGUUUGAGUGGACGAGUAAGACGUAUCAGGAGAUGUACGAUGUGGUGUACUCUGAGUGUACUUGUUGGUACUGUGAGUCCGUACGGGCAGCCCAUGUUUCAUCCGCCGGUAGACUGCUCAAGUUGUCACAUAGUGAAAAGAUUGCGGACAAGUUCUACGAAUCUGGAGUAGCUGACGUCUGCCCUCCUGACAACUCAGCCCACAUCUCUUCACACAACUCCGUUCGAUCAUACGAAGAGGGCCUCGUCGCGUCAAACCACGUCGAGAAGGUACAGAACAGAAUGCGCGCAGUGCAGAACAAGCGAUUGGAGGAGAACUACCAGAAAGCCUGCAAGCGCGCCGAGAAGAAGGGCCGCAAGCUGCCACCCAAGGACCAGUACUACAACCACUGGGGCUAUUCCUAUGCGAUGUACGGACCGUGGAUGGCUCCAGUGAUGUUUGUGCCGCCUGUUUAUGCAUACGGGGCUGCGCCGGGAUGUGCAGGUGGGAGCUGUGGUGGAAAUGCGGCUGGAGGAGGGUGCGGAGGAGAUGGAGGAGAUGAUAGCGGUGGCGGAGGAUGUGCAUCGGGAGGUUGCGGAGGGGGAGGUGGUUGUGGAGGAGGAGGAGGAGGCGGUUGCGGAGGCGGCGGCGGCGGCGGUGGGUGUGGAGGUGGAGGUGGUGGAUGUUAA